UUUGGCGCCAUUCUUCCUUCUUGUGAUCACGUUUCACGUUCACGUUGGCCUCUUCCUCACUAGACGGUUGGGAUAAUCGUAUUUGUUCGUUAAAGGUAUUAAAGACUUUUCUGUCUCUAAAACUAUCGAGAUGGACUUCGGAGAAUCGUGCAUUUCGUUCUUCAACACAAAGGAUUUUUACGAAAUCCUUAACAUUCCGAGGACAGCAUCUCAAAGGGAGGUGAGGAAAGCCUACCAUACGUUAUCUCUCACAUACCACCCUGACAAAGUUGAGGAUUCUGAAAGAGAAGAGGCGACAGAAAAGUUCAAGAUCCUUGGAAAAGUGUUCUCGAUUUUGAAUGACGUCGAAAAAAGGUCUAUCUACGAUGACACUGGGUCAUGGUCCGAAGAAGGAGAAGAUUUUACAGAGAGAGAUUGGGUUGAAUUCUGGAGGAACUACUUCAAAGAAGUAACUAUUACGGACCUAGACAAAUAUGCUGAUGAGUACAAGGGAUCAGACGAAGAGCUCGAGGAUCUAAAGAAAGCGUACGAGAAAUGUAAAGGAGACUUUGACAAAAUGUUCCAAUAUAUUAUGUUCGCAACAGUGGAGGAUGAAGAACGAAUUCGGGGUCGCCUGAUGAAACUAAUUGAGCAAGACGAACUUCCGUCCUAUGACAUUUUUGUCAAUGAGCCCCAAGAAAAGAGAGACCGUAGGAUUCGAAGGUUGAGAAAAGAGGCUAAAGAAGCAGAGGAUGUAGUGAAAAAAGCCAAAAAAGAACAAGAAUUUGAGGAGCUAACAAAGGCUAUCUUGUCAAGAAAAACACAAACUCCUACAAUGGGCUUUUUGGAAUCGCUAGAACAAAAAUUUGCGCCAAAGGGUAAAAAAGCCAAGAAAUCUCGUUCUAAGUCCAAAAAGUGAAUUGUUACUAAGUGAUGUAUUAAACUGGAUAGUUCCAGUAGACUAAACGUUUGUUACCUGAAAAAUACUAGUGAUAUUGUUUUUUUUAUUUUUUUGUUGUGACUUACAUUUGUUAUUUUAUAACCAAUUAGUUGUAUAACCAACGUUUAUUAUUCUGUUAACAGUGGAUCAUGUCGCUUUUAGAACCACCCCUGCGAUCGUUCUCUCAGCCUUCAUUUCCUAAAUAGUUACACUACUCCCCUUACGUCUGAAGUUGUUUCUCACUCAGGUAUUGACUCCAACUGGCUUCCCUGCUUUUGCGGCUUUCAACAAAUUUGUUAUGACGUCUUUGUCAGGAAUCUUUUCCCAACUCUCUUGGAGUUCAAGAAUGUCCUUCACUUAUGUUUGCUGAUUGAGCCUUUGCUUCCCUCCUUUUCUGUCAUCUUAGAUUCUGUACUGUCGUUGCUGUAGCUCUUUGCCAAUAGCAAUAUUUCUUUCUUCAAUAAUUCUUCUUUCUAUUCUUCUGAAAAGAUGUUCAUUAAGAUUGAUAGGAGAGAUUCAGAUUUCAUGAGGAAAAAUUAAAAUUGAAACUUGCCAUUAUCCUAGAGGAAAUUUCUUGUCUUCUGGUAAAAUAUUUAAAUUGCUACACUGCUUUGUUAAAGUCUAGAGAUUAAUAAAUGUUAACCAAUCUAUUUGAGCUAACAGCUGAUAGUUCUUCAACUUUCAUGAAAAACCAAGCUUCAUAUCAAGUCUGGGCACAAAUCUUAAUUGACAGGAUCCAGCGCAACCAUUUAACUCCGACAUCUUCCACAUAACAUAGAGUAAUAAACAUUGGUUGUAUAGCUCAUUGUUAUAAAAUAACUCAUAUAUGACAAGUGUUUCAGGGUAGGUUGAACAAAUUGCAGACUUUGACUCGUGUUUGUUUUUAUAUAAACAGAGGGUUUUCCUGGAACUUAAUUACAUUUUUACUAUGUUGUUUCCUGGAACUUAAUUACAUUUUUACUAUGUUGUUUCCUGGAACUUAAUUACAUUUUUACUGUAUUGUUUCCUGGAACUUAAUUACAUUUUUACUGUGUUGUUUCCUGGAACUUAAUUACAUUUUUACUAUGUUGUUUCCUGGAACUUAAUUACAUUUUUACUGUAUUGUUUCCUGGAACUUAAUUACAUUUUUACUGUGUUGUUUCCUGGAACUGAAUUCCAUUUUUACUAUGUUGUAUUGUUCGAAAGAUGCGAGUAAUGACAAACUUGUAACUUUUGUUUGAUUAACUCUGUUUUUUGUGUGUUUCUGUAGUAGUAUUAUAAGAUUUUGUUCCUAUUUUAGUAUUGUUAUAAGGUUCAUAAUAGCUUUCAAGAUGAAACCAUGUCACCUUUGUAUUACAGGCAUUGGCAUCGAUUCAGUUAGUGACAGUUUCGUUACUGAAUUUAAGAGUCCUUGGAGGCUACCGACCAUCUUGGAUGAUUUAAAUUGUUUUAUGGACAUCUAGUCUCCAAGGACUCUGUACUGUUAAACAUCCAAGCCAUGUUUUUAUUUUGUAUCUUAAAACAUUAGAUAAACUUUGUUUGAUUUUUCUCAGUGGAAAUUCAUUUUUUUCCACGUUUAAAAGUAUUUAGAUUGGCUACAAACUUGUUGCUUUCGUUUGUUCAACUGUUUCUUAUGUGUUAAUUUAAUACUAAGAUUUUGUUCCUAUUUAGUGGUUUAAGUAUAAAAGCUUUUUAGAUGAAACUUCAUCUUUGUAUUACAGACAUUGGCAUUCAUUCAGUGCUGCUGAAGUAACAGUUUCUGAUGUAUUGUUGUUAUUUUAUAACACCAAAGCCAUGUCUUGUAACAUACCAUACUUGUUAAAUAAACUUUGUUUUUUGUAAAA